AUGAAGCUUUCCGUCUUUGGAGUGGUGGCUGCCGUACUGAUUUCCGCAUCCGAUGCCUCCUCGAACGUCACCUAUGGCAGAGGCUCACCUGGCUGCGGCAAAAAGGUCAAACACCUUGGCUCCGAAUACUUUGUGCCCAAGUGGAAUGUCUCGGGCGUCUGGCGUCAGUACCGGACCUACACGCCCAAACAUUACGAAAAGGACAAGCCGGUGCCGCUGCUUCUGGCCUUCCAUGCCAAUGCCAAGCCGCAGCCGAGAUUUGCGAUGCAGUCUCGCUUCUCCGAUCCGACAAUCAACCCCAAUAUGAUGGUCCAGUACAUGAUCGCUUACAAGGUACGCAUCCCCGCCGUCCAGCAUUGCCAAACCCCUCGCACAGUGGCGCGGAACAAACUACUGAACAAAAGGCCCAAAUGUUUUCAGAAACGCUGGGUUGGUCCCACGUCCGCGCACAAGGAUGCCAACGACAUUGAGUUUGUCGCAAGGGCGCUCGAGGUCCUCAUGAACAACUACUGCAUCGACGUGGACCGCGUGUUCCUGACCGGGCACGCGGGCGGCGGCGGCCUCGCCAACAUCCUGGCGUGCCACCCGCGGCUCAGCAGGCACUUUGCCGGCAUGGCGCUCAUGGGGCCGACGCUGUACCAGGACCUCAACGACGACUUCUGCAAGGGCGCGCGGCUGCCGAUGCCCGUGCUCGAGGCGCACGGCCUGCUGGACGAGACGUCGCCGUACUGGGGCGAACCCGCGCGCACCGUCGGCGCCGUGCCGGCCGUGCUCGACUGGCUCCGCCGCUGGGUCCGCCGCAACGACUGCGACCCGGUGCCGCGCCGGUCGCACCUCGUCAAAAAGGCCGUCGUCUCGCACAAGUACACGUGCCAAGGCCAGUUUGGCUUCGUCGAGCACAUCACCGCCGCCAGGCAAAACUACAACUGGCUGACCACCAAGAGCGCCAUUGACAUCUCGCCCGUCAUGAUCGACUUCUUUAACCGCUGGGUUCGCCCGGGGAACCUGAGCAUUCCGCUCGACGCCAAGGGUAGGUUCGUGGUUGACGAAGGUCCCAAGAAGCCAAAGCACACCUCGACUAAGCCCACCCGCACCCGCUCGCGCCGCCCCACGACCUUGAAAACCUCUACUCGCCCCAGUCGCACCUCGACCAGUACUUCGCCCAUGCCUACCAAGACCAAGAAGCAGGCGUCCGGACGCGGGGAGCCGACUUUUGCCACCUUCGGGGUCGAUAUAGUCUCUACGCCCCCCGAACCGUCCCGGACAAAGGAACAGCCGUCUAGACAGGGUUGGCCUACGUUUGCCACAUGGGGGGUCGAUAUCGUCUCUACGCUCCCCGAACCGCCGCGGACGACGUCUGGACGCGGUGAGCCGACUUUUGCCACAUUCGGUGUCGAUAUAGUCUCUACUCUCACCGAACCGCCCCAGACUAGCCCUACUACCACGACCCAGUAA